CCGCUAUCUUUGACCAAAAGCACGUAUUAUUAACGUCUCGGGGAAGAAAGAUGUAUCUAUACCCAUAAUUUUUCUCCGAUUUCAAUUGAUUCCAUCGAAAUUAGUAUCAUAAGUAGUUUUCAGUUAAAUAAAACAGGAAUUAUUGGUUCACUGAAGUGUUUUGUGUCCAGUUAGUUCAUUUCUAAAGUGUGAACUCUUCACUGAACCAAUCGUUAUUGUUUUAUGCAUCAAUGGAUAUUCUAUGCUUAUUCAGAUAAAUUAAUGUGGAAUUCCCUAUAAUGCCAAUGUAACCGAACUUUGUCAGCAAUCGUCAAACUACUUUUGUUUAAUUUCAUCUCGAGAAUAUUUUAACGGCGAACCACUGUUUUCAACCUCUCUUUGAAUAUCAUCAGUUUAAAUUCUUAUCGUAAUUCGUUCAGUUCUCUUCACAAACUUCUGGUUUUUCAAAUGAACCAUCCAAAUUGGUUUUACAUACUAUAUUUAACUGUUAUUCAAUUUACCAUCUAUGCGGUUUGUGAAGAGUUAUCUGUUAGUCCUAUUGCUCAAGCGCUGCGUGUUGAUGAGUCUGGAAUUUUUGAAUGUUCUUUCGAAAACUCAUCCUAUAAUUCAAACUUAAAGUGGAUAUUGUUUGAUGGAACAGUUUUAUUAAAUGGUAACACAUCACAAGAUGGUCGAUUUAUUAAUGAAGAUGGUAUCCUAAAAAUGACUAAUCUUACUAUACCUGAUUCUGGUGAAUAUAACUGUGUAAAUGUUGAAGUCAAUACCACUGUUACUGCUCAUCUUAAAGUGUAUAUUAUGCCAUCUUAUUUAUUGGAAGGAUCCAUUGUUCUUGCUAUCAAUGGUGUUCUCUUCAUUUUAUUCAUUUAUUCAAUGAUAAAAACAUAUCGAGAACAAAAUAUUAAAGAUCGUAUGCAUGCUUUCUAAUGGUUUAUUGUUUACUUGAUGAGAAAGAUUUCUCUCUCUGAUCUUGUUUUUUUUUUUUUACAUCAACUGCCGUUCCUUAUCGAUUAUUGUUUUGUUUUUUUGCGUGAAUUUUCUAAAUAAUAUAAUUACAUAUGUUAUACUAUGCUUUAUAAUCUAAACAUGCAGUUCAAUCUAUUCACUUGUAUCUGAUAUUCAUCUCUUAGCUAUGUUAUAAACUGUCUUUACAAGAAAAUAAAAAAAUUCAUGGAUUUUUUUUGCAGUUAUGAAACACAUGGUUUUGUUUUUCGCAAUCUGAAAUCACCCUAUUUUUUCUAAAACUCUUAACAAAGCAAAUCUGUGAAUAUGUUGUUGUUAGUGAUGAUUUUUUGGAUAGUUUUAAAAUUCAUACUAACUUUAUACCUAAUAUCUAAAAAUUCUGUUUUGAAUUAAGCAACAAGUUUGAUUUUGUUUCAUCUUGUCUUAUUUUUAUUUGACAUAAACAAGAUUUAAUAAAUUAAUUUAACAUUGAUGAUCUUUUCUACUUGAUAACAUUAUCCCAGAACACGAGGAAUAACUACUGGAUGUCAGCCACAUAGAGCAUUACUGUAAGUUGUUUUUGGCAUUUGCUCUGUACUUUCUAAGCUUUAUGUCUAGUGUCUAAAGCCUGUGGAACAAGUGGAGGGUGAGCUAGUUUCUAGGACAUAUGUUUUAUAUCCCUUCC